UCCGUUCAAGAGAAAGCAAUGACGUAAUGAAGUGAAAGACAGAUAUGAAACUACAAUUCCCAAGAUCCAUUUGCAAUUACCGUGGCCACUGGACGGGGGAAGGGAAGCUGAGAUUGGAGGGAGAAACAAUCAGAAACUAAGAUAUUGCGUGCAUUUGCACGCCCACCCUCUGGAGUUUGGCCACAAGAAUUUAUUUUUCCAUGACCCAUAUCUCUCGGGGCAUUUGCAUUUUUUCGCUUUGGACGUUUACUACUGAUUCAAGGGAAACUGAAGACACAUGGUAACGGUGCGUUGGGGCAAGUAAAUUAAUCAGCCACCGUACCGGCAUCUGGCGCAGGCUGGAUUUGUCCUAAGUGCCAAAGUAAUGAAGUGUCUUGGACAGGGAGAACCCAGCCCUGAGAAGCAAUGUCAUUAUGCAGCCUCUGCAUACCUCUGGUAGGGCCGAGGAGUGGGGCUGAUCUGUGGAGGAGAGGAAGGAGGCAGGUUUCCAGGAAACUUGUGCAUUGAUGAAUAAAUAUUUUCCCCAGUCAGCUCUUACAGACCGAUACCUGCGCAUUACUCUGCAAUCAAGGCUGAUAAAAGCAGAGCUCCAUCAAAAAACACCCCCAACACAGUGUUUUCAAAGGAUAUGACCAUUUGGUGGACAUAACAUGGAUUUCGGUGAAAAGCUUCAGAAACCUGGCUGCUGACUGUGGACAUUAAGAUGUAUGUAAGGGGAAUAUGAGAAAAGCAUAGAAGCAGUCCUGAAAAGUGUGCACUACAGAAACCAUGGUGGCCCCUGUUUUAGCUCCUCAAGCAGUCUCACUUCACGACUUUAGAAGCCAUUAGAGGCCAAAAACAGGAACGCCCUUAACAGCCAGCACGCUCGCAUGAAAUGGAAGAAGACAAUGAUGUCACAUCCCAUACUGAGGGUUUGAAUGGUUUGUCGCAUGAGCGUAAACCUCUAGAGGAGAUCACAAAUGGACAUUCCAACCAUAAGCCUAUCAUGAAUGGAGUGGUAGUGGGUCACAAUGGCAAAGAUCAGACCAAUGGCAGUGCACCUCUCAGAUCCCUGCCGAUUUCAGCGCUGAAGCAGAAUGGUCUUCUUCAGACUCUGGCAGCAGGAGGGGACCAGCCCAGGCCAGCAGAGGAAAAUCAAAAUGUGGAGUUGGAAAAGGCCAGGGAGGAGUGGGAGGCUCUGGAAAACAUCCAGCCAGCUCAGAGUGAGGACUCAAAUCCAACCCCACUCAUCUCUUUCAAUGAAGCCCUCCAGUACUUCCAGACCACAGACCUUGGGGACUUGCUGAAGAACAUCCAGCCAACCAUUCGCAGGACCGGUCUGGCUGCCAUCACACAUUUCCUCUUUGGACCUCCACGACUGCACAGGGAACUUCUGGAGGAAAGGGAUCUCGUCUUUGCCAUUGCACAGUGCCCUGUGGACAACAGCCAAGCAGUUCACAUGCGUGUGCUGCAGACCAUCUAUAAAAGGCUGAUUGGCAGUAGGCUGGACUGUCCUCGCUAUGGUGCACACUGGGAAAACAUUGGCUUUCAGGGUACAGAUCCAGCCACUGACCUGCGUGGCACUGGUUUCCUUGGACUGAUGCAUACUCUGUACUUUGUAAUGGACCCAGAGACUCUGCCCCUGGCUAGAGAUAUCUACAAGUUAUCACAGCACCAUACACAGAACUUUCCAUUCAGUGUGAUGUCAAUCAACAUGACCCGCAUUGCUCUGCAAGUGCUUAGGGAGGAGGCGCUCUCCAAGGAGUGCAAUCGUCGUCAGCAGGUGGUGGGUGUGCUCAACGAAUUUUAUGUUGCCACAUACCUGCACCUGUUCCAACUGUGGAAGACCCAACAGAAGACCAUUGCUGACUCUGGCUUUGUACUUAAAGAAGUGGAGCUGUUUGCCAAAAAGAACCCAAAGCAGAUGCUGCGCCGACUAGAGGUCUUCCUGAAAGAGAGGCGGGCAGGUGGAAUCCCCCGUGGGACAUCGCCAGACCCUCAGGCCCAGCAGCCCUCGCCCAGCUUGGGGGACAGAGGGGCCAGAGCCAGCAUGGGACAGGGAAGCAAGGCAAAGGAGAUGCACUUCACAGGAGUGUGUGAUAUCCUGCCAGACAUGGAGGGAGAGGCCAGGCUCAUCUAAGCUAGACUUUGUGUGCAAGUGUGUGUGUGCGCGUGUGUUUGUGUGCGAGGGUAUGUAAGAGCUUUCCUGUCUGUGAGCGUAUCUAUUACUGUAAGAGCGAAUGGCUUUCUCAGAGCUAGAAGAACAGGCCACAAGUCCUUGAUCUGGGGCCCGCUACAUGAACCUAUUCAAACUCUACUCCCUCCGCUGGGGUGCUGCACUUUGAUCAGAUUAAGCUUGGAUAUAUUUCAGUUAUAUUAGAUUUCUCUUCCAAUGUUUUUUUUUUUUUAAAAACAGACACAUGAAAUGGUUUGAAGAUGUCAAAAAAACGAAAAGGCAGUGAAUAUUUGCACUUUUCUGUGUAGAUAGUAGCCAAAUCAAUAGCUGCCAAAUUCUCGUUGUCAAACUCUGCCUGUCUAGAAGUCCAGCUUGUUCACAUUUGUGCUCACUGGAUCUCUGUCACAAUAUGUCAGCAUUGCAGAGAGUUAAAUAUGAAAAAGAGCUGUUUUCUUUUUUUUUUCUUCUUUUUCUUAAGCACUUGCUCCAAGAUGAUGCUCUGUCCCCAACAAUGCCUCGGAAGAGCAUCAUUAUAUAAGAUAUUGUUGAGUAACUUUCUGGCUAUUGGAGCGAUAGUAAAUAAGAGUUUUUACUCGGUGUGGUGAAAAUCCAGACAGGCUUUACAGAUUGAUUCUGGCAGGAAGUAGAGGUAGAUGUAAACCUCAGAAAUAUGCAAUAGGUUUUGGAUGCAGCUUGCUGCUCUAUAGAGAGUAAACGAGGGAUGGAUAACCCCCACAGCUGGAUGUUUAGUCCAGGUGUGUGGAGAAAAAAGACAGAACAACAGGUCUGUAUUCAUGGGUCAGAUAGUUAAGGUCCAGAAAUCCCAAAAUUGUGGAGAAAGACCUGUUAAAUUUUUUUUAAUGUGUAAAAGAAACUUUUUUUUUUUGUUGUCAGACUGUUGGCUUGGUGACUGGGAAGGAUUUUUAACAUUCUUUAAUUCCGUUGUAAGUAUCCAGGUUCUCAGCUUGUUGCAACUAAAGCAAAGGAGAUGUUUCAUAAUAGAAAAAGUGUGCUUUGGUUGGGUCCAGCUGAAGCCAAAGGUCUGCUAUGAGCUUUCUCAACAUUCCGUUAUAAAGCAUGUGAUUGUAAUUAUUUCUUCGUCUUUUUCUUUUCUUUAACCGUUAAACAUUUUUGUGUGUGUGUGCGUGUGUGUUGGCUUGUAGGUGUGUGUUUGUUUAUGGGAAACGAGUGAGCUGAUUCUAAUGAAGGAUGAAGGGUGCCUCUCCUCGGAGAUGUGUGGUACAGUAUGCAAUUCUAGCUCUUUCUCUAUGAUAAUCAAAACACUAGUGCUGUGUGAUGAUAGAAGUCGUUCUUAACUUCAGGGUUUGUGCACUCGUGCAAGCGAAUGUGUUGUAUGUCUGUGAGUCAUAUGACAGGAACCGACCACAGAUGGGAUGCUUUCCGCCUGCACCUCGUAAGCCAGCUUUCCUAAGUAGUUGAUCCACCGAGCUGCAGAGAUGGUACUUUAAUCCGGAAAUGGUACAAGAAAAAUAUUUAUGGUAAAAAGGAAAGCUUUGUGUAUUUUCAUUUUUGUCUUUAAUAAGGUGGAGGCAGCGGCUCUGCAGACUGAAACGGACCAAAACUCCUUAGCAAAGCUGGAUUGUUUCCCUGUGCUCACGUGAAAGCGUCUCCCAUCGUUGUCGCCUCAAUCUGUAGCAUGUUCAGGUAGCACUAGUACUGUAGCAUCCUAUAGCCGCUUCCUCCUCGUAAAGCUUGUUGAUGUCACGUCUCGGUUACAGUAUGUAGUGUUGAUGAGUGUGCAAACCGUUACUACUAUAGCACAUGCAUUUCAUCGUUUUCUUAGGCCUCGUUGAGUACACACCUGUGUUUAGGUGGCACAGCGUGUGUGUGGAAAAGAACAGCUUGAGCCGGUAUUGAGCUCCGACUUGUCCUCUAAGGCGUGAUGAUAGAUUUGGUGCCUGCAUCCAGUGGAACCAUGUGGGGGUAGAGCGCUGGUUUAUUCUCUUCCUGUUUUUCUCUUUCAUUUGAGCCAUCGUGCCACGGUAGCCUCCCUGCAUCCAUGUACCGCAGCAUGCAGAGAUAACACUACCCACAAAACAUGCCGGCCUGCAGGAGCUGUUCAGCACACUGGCAUGGAGGGCAUGGGUCACUUGUUCUCCACAAACAUAGCUUCAAGAAUGAGCUGACUUGGUCAUACCAAUUUUGCCAGAGUUUUUCUUUCUUUUUUUUGUUUCUUUUUUUGUUUUGAUCGAUCAGGACAAUUUGCACUGUUGUAGAUAUUUGAAGUAUGUGUGACGUAUGCUAGAGGAAACAGGCCAUCUUCAAUAGCCAUAUUUUAAUCGUCAUUAAAUCAUAAAACAGGCUUUGUGAAGUCAGAUCUCCCUCGCUUAAGAAUUAUUGCACCAUUGAUAUAAUCUCAUAUUUAGUUUUACUACAUUUUAAACUGAGAAGCAGUACAGUGUAUGUAAAUCAGGAAGUUUGUAUAUAGAGAAAUAAUGAUUGUAAUUGUAUGAUUGUCUGUAGGGCAUUAUACUGAAAUACAUUGCUUACCUCAAGACUUGAGACAAAUCUCUUUUCUCUCUCUCUCUCUCUCUCUAUCUCUCUCUCUCUCCUGAUGUUUGUUUGGCCUCUGAGUCAGACUCUUUACUUUUCUUCAUACCUAGGCCUUCUCUCACAACAAUUUGACACGUGUCCAUGAUGGUUAUUCACCCAAGCUUGACAUAUAGCAGACUAACAAAGAAGCUGCUCAAUGUUAUGUGUAGUUUACUUACUGACACUUUAUAGGUCCCCUCACUCCUUUGGAAAACGACUUUAAUUGGCUGAUGUUUACCAUGUGGAAAAAAAAGCUGGUUUUCUUGUGGCUUCAGUGAUAGUACAGUAUACCCUUGCUGUGAUUAAGUGUUUGAUGUCUGGAAAACACAGAGAGCCAGUCCUGUCCUGACAACGGCAGUCGCAAACAGUUUAACGUAUGAUUGUAAAGAAAUAGGCUUGACUAGCAGUCAUGAUGCUGUUUAUGCUCUCACCUUGAUAUAUAUAUUCAGUAUCCAAAAAAGGCCUGAUUUAUUCUCACGUUACCAAAAGUUUUGUUUGAUAGAUUAUAUUGUUUAUGCUUUUACCAUCUUUUGAGGUUCUUCAGUUGAGAAACCAGAACCAAGAAAGAAAGGAGAAAAAAAAAGUAAGAUAAACGGGUUCUUGUGGGAUGUCAGAUGCUCUGAGAGCGGUGGCCUGAACCUCUGCUUCUUACAGCAGCUCGGCAAAUACAAUCACUUCUCUCAAUAUCCUGCGCUUUAAAUAAAGGUGUUUUACUGUCGCCGUUGUCACGUCCCUCAGAGCAUUUUAUGACUGUACCUUGAUUGUAGAAGCCCUAUUUUAUACAGAGUUAUUUCAGAAUACAGUAUGUGCUGUUAUACAUUAAAUGUAUUGUAUGGAGAAAGCUAAAUAAAUGCUGUUUAAAAGCUGUAUGUCUCCCUGUUAAUUCGGUGAUCUCCAUGCUUUGUAUUAAAUCUUGUGCUGCAUCUCGUACAUAAAUGUAAACGUAAAAUAUACAUUUCUCUAUUCGAUGCACCAAUAGCUUUCUGCCAGCAGUGUUUUCCUCUCAUGUCUGCAUCAGCUGAGCCAUCUAUCUAAAGCUGGAGGAUAUUUUUCAAGAGAGUAAAAGUGUAAAGAUAAAAACAGCUUUUAUAUUUUGACAAUCCUCUGCUUUCUUUUACAUUAAUGCUCUAAAA